AAAAUGGUGAAACUAAAUCAAGCAUCAGAUACAUCAGGGAUAAAAGAGGACGAUUAGAGCCAUACAUCAAUACUAAGACUUAACACCAAGAGUACCAACAAAGCCUGACAUAAGAAAAUUGUCUGGAGAGAGGCUGAUGUAUCUGUGAUGGGCUGCAGUUUGUGUCCACAAAAGGCUCCUGAACCCGAAGAAGCGGAGGAGGAUAUUCCAAUAUUUGGUCUCAAAAAACGUCAAAGAUAUCUUCUCAGAAGCUCAUGGAGGGGAAUUAACAGGGAACUGAAGAAAACUGGAAAUCUUAUUCUUAACAAAUUACUAGCAGAAAAUCCAAGUCUGCUAAACCUAUUCCCAAAAUAUGAACACCUCAACACAGAAAGAGACCGAAAUAAUGAUGAAGCGUUUCAGGAAGAGGUUGAAAGAGCAAUGGACAGGCUAGACGAAGCAAUGGCAGAUAUUCAGGAAGAUCCGAAGAAAUUAGAAAAGUCAUUCACAGACAUCGGAAAAUCGCUGAAAUCAAUACAGGGAUUUUCCCCUCAAUAUUUACAGAUGUUGGAGGGAGCAUUUCUGGAUUCAAUACGGAGUAUUCUAGAGGAUAGAUAUACACCACAGAUGGAAACUAUCUACUCAAUACUAAUCAGUAAUAUUAUCAAGUACCUCUCUGAAGGAUUUUCAGCUUAACGGCGAUCUCCUUGAUUAAAGACCCUGAAUAUGCUGUAACCUUUGCAAACUAAACAGAGGGAGAAGAAAAUUUCUCUUCAUUCUCUCAAUCUUCGUGAUAAACAUUAUCUAUUCAGCCAAGAGAUCUUCAUGAUAAGCAUUAUCUCUGCCGCCUAGAAAUCUUCAUGAUAAGCAUGUAUCUUUGCUGCCUAGAGAUCUUCAUGAAGCAUUAUCUCUGGCGCCUAGAGACUUUCAUGAUAAGCAUAAUCUCUGCCGCCUAGAGAUCUUCAUGAUAUACAUAAUCUCUGCCGCCUAGAGAUCUUCAUGAUAUACAUAAUCUCUGCCGCCUAGAGAUCUUGAUGAUAAACAUGAUCUCUGCAGCCUAGAGAUCUUCAUGAUAAGCAUUAUCUCUGCCGCCUUUAGAUCUUAAUGAUAAGCAUUAUCUUUGCCGCUUAGAGAUCUUCAUGAUAAGCAUUAUCUCUGUUGCCUAGAGAUGUUCAUGAUAACCAUUAACACUUCCGCCUAGAGAUCUUCAUGAAGCAUUAUCUCUGCCGCCUAGAGAUCUUCAUGAUGAACAUUAUCUCUGCCGCCUAGAGAUCUUUAUGAUAAGCAAUAUCUCUGCCGCCUAGAGAUCUUCAUGGUAAACAUUAUCUCUGCCGCUUAGAGAUGUUAAUGAUAAGCAUUAACUCUGCCGCCUAGAGAUCUUCAUGACAAGAAAUAUCUAUGGCACCUAGAGACUUUCAUGAUAAGUAUUGUCUCUGCCCCCUAGAGAUUUUAAUGAUAAACAUUAUCUCAGCCGCCUAGAGAUUUUCUUGAUAAGUAUUGUCUCUGCCGCCUAGAGAUUUUAACGAUAAACAUUGUCUCUGCCGCCUAGAGAUCUUGGUGAUAAACAUAAUCUCUGUUGCAUAGAGAUGUUCAUGAUAAGCAUUAUCUCUGCCGCCUAGAGAUCUUGAUGAUAAACAUUAUCUUUGCCGACUAGAGAUCUUCAUGAUAUACAUUAUCUCUGCCGCCUAGAGAUCUUAAUGAUAAACAUUAUCUCUGCAGCCUAGAGAUGUUCAUGAUAAGCAUUAUCUCUGCCGCCUAGAGAUCUUCAUAAUAAGCAUUAUCUCUGCCGCCUAGAGAUCUUCAUGAUAAGCUUUAUCUUUGCCGCCUAGAGAUUUUUAUGAUAAACAUUAUCUCUGCCGCAUAGAGAUCUUAAUGAUAAACAUGAUCUCUACACCUAGUAAUGUUCAUGAUAAGCAUUAUCUUUGCCGCCUAGAGAUCUUCAUGAUAAGCGUUAUCUCUGCCGCCUAGAGAUCUUCAUGAUAAGCAUUAUCUCUGCCGCCUAGAGAUCUUCAUGAUAUACAUUAUCUCUGCCGCCUAGAGA